AUGGCCCAUAGUCGAGAGACAGAUAUGUUCAAUCCAUCUUCGCCGCGUUCCUCCAUUGGAGGUGCCGAGUCCUUCAAAGGUACACCAGACACGAGAUUGACCGCAUUCUCUCCGGAGGGAGGAUCAACAAGAUCCUCUCGUCUCUUGAAGUCCACAUCACAAGAUUCACUAGAAACCACUCCUUCCAGGUACUCUACAAGUGCAUUCGGAAGUGUCACGUCUAGUGCCGAGAAAGAUCCUUUCAUCGCCGUAAAACCUAACUCCGGCCAUCAGAAGCUGUCGCCGACUGCCUCGACCUUCCAGCCUUUCUCGUGCACUCCGGAGAAGAACAGAAACCACCCCACCCCUGACCGCAACCAGCAAUCACUCUUGCCAGGCCAGAAGUAUGAGGCUGAACUAUCUCGAAGUCUCAGCGUUUGUUCACCGGGCCGAAAUCUCGGCAUUGCUGACCUGAAUGCAUGUUUCGCGAAACUGCAGCGUCUUGGACUCUCGGUCCAGGAGCCGACUCAGAUUCAGUGCAAGGGAGGUAAACUCUACGUUCAGUUUAGUGAUAUCCGCGAUGCGGUCCUUGUACGCGACAACAUACACCGAGUGGGAGCCGGUUACGAAGCCGACUAUCUGUCGGAUGGUGAUUUCUACGAGCAUGUACAUCGAGAGUCCAACAACCUCGACCUCUGGGUAUCUGUGGUUGUUGUGGCCAGCCCCCCGGGUUUGUUGGAUGUGUCUCGUACUGAAGCGGUCAUCAAACGUAUGCUAGACUCACAAGGUCAGCUUUCUGCAUUCUAUGUGCAGCAUAGCUACGAUCCCUCGGUAUUCAGGGCCUUCAGUCAGUUCCAUGAUCCAUCUAGAGCCGCAUCCGCAGUGGUUUCUUUUGACAACAAACUCGUCGAGGUGAGUGCCCACAGCCUAUCUGACAUAUACGUCCUUCAUCCCGAGCAAAACCUGACCAUUGACCAGGGAGCACACAUGACACUCUCGCUCGUGGAAUCCAGUGACAUCUCUCACAUGGCCCAGGAUAGAGUUGCAACGCCCGACAGUCUCAGCCACGGCAUGUCUGGCGAUUUGAACAACACCCUGCAGGCAUUGGCUUUGUCUAAACCAGCCCCUCAAAUGCACAUGGUGCCUCAUAGUGCCUCCAUGUCCGGGCCCAACCCCCCCUACUCGCCCUUUGGUAUUCAGGUCCCUCCCUUCGCCAUGUGGCCGAUUCUCUGUCAACCGCAAUUUCAACCUCAUGGUCCCUACUUGCUCAACGAAGGUCAACGUUUGCCAUCGGCACCUGCUAUGUCCAGUCCAACCGCAUACCAGUUUUCCGGCCCUGUGUUCUCUCAUUCUUCACAUACCGUGUCGGCUACAGGUUCUAUGUCGCCCAUCUCCAGGAACGAGUCUCGCAGGCAGGGCGCAGCUCGAGUCAAUAGAUCGCCCUACUAUAACGUAGCGAGUCACCACAACCAUGUCGAUGUGAAUCGUAUUCGGGAGGGAAUAGAUGUCCGCACGACGAUCAUGCUCCGGAAUAUUCCGAACAAGGUCGAUCAGGCGAUGCUCAAGAGAAUUGUCGACGAGUCCAGCUGGGGUAAGUAUGACUUCAUGUAUCUACGGAUCGACUUUGCGAACGAUUGCAAUGUCGGAUAUGCGUUCAUCAAUUUCGUUGACUUUGUCAAUACCAGGGGCAACCAAAGAUGGAAUUGCUUCAAGAGCGACAAGGUCGCUGAGAUUUCAUACGCCACCAUCCAGGGCAAAGACUGCCUUGUCCAGAAGUUCAGGAACAGCUCCGUGAUGCUGGAAGCUGCGCACUAUCGUCCUAAGUUGUUCUACACUUCCAACGGACCCGUCCCUGGACUGGCAGGAGAAGAGGAGCCAUUUCCCCAGCCGGACAACCAGUCCAAAAUGAAGCGCAGCUGCGAAAAUGCUGAGCACGUUGGCCUUUUCACGCCCAACGCUGGACAACAUUUCCGUGACGAGCAGCGUCGCAGGCGUUCCCAGUAUGACAGAGGCACAAGACUGGCUGCGCUCGAGGAGCAUGAUUUAGAUGCCUCGAUGCAGCUGUACAUUUACCACUCACAGUGA